GACUGAUUAUACCUCAUAUGAAUGAUCAAGUCAUUUGGCCAAAGGGUUUACAGUAAAAGCUGUAGUUCCUCCUGUCCUGUGAAGGGUGCUAGAGUCACUUCAGCUAAAACAGAGAUCUAAUGUACUGGGGGUUUGAUUUUAAAGGGGGAACUUUCACGCGCUAUUGUCUGUCUCUCGUCUCUGUUAUCGGUAGGCUAUCUGUAUGGUCUGUAUUUAUUGUUUAAAUACAGAGACCUGAAAUAGAGUAGUAAAAUGACUGAACUGGAUCGUCUGAACACCUUCAUGACCGAGCGCUUGAUGGCUGCUGUGAAGGAGAUCAUCGUCACGGUCGGUAGAACGGUUCGGGAGUAUGAGGAGGAAUCGGAGCGAAUCCGGAGCGAAAACAAGCGACUGAAAGAAAUGUUACGAGACUCCGGGUGCUUCAUUGAACAAGCAAAUGCUGCUCCUGUGCAGUCUUAUCAACCCAUCUCUCCUGGGCAGUCCGGAUGGAUCUGCAGCCAGAAUGAGGAGCUAGAACCCGUUGAAGAGAUCCAGCAGGACCAAAGCCAGAGACUCGGUGAACAACACCCAUUCAUAAAACCGGAAAAGCCUGAGUACUCUGUCGAUGCUUACAGGGAAUCCAUAGCUUUCCCAUCAAAAGCCACCAAUGACGAGGGCUCACACAUGUGCGCUGAUCACACCAACCCAAAUCCUAUUGAGGAUGAAAUGACAAACUGUCGUUUCUCAUCUAAAAUCAAAGUUGAAUUCAUGAACUCCAGCUUGUGUUCAGGCGAUGCAAUGGGAAGCACUGAAGAUGCAUAUCAGAGCUGGUCGCCACACAGCCCAGAUUUGCCUUUAGGGACAUCGGACAUCUAUAGAGCACAGCACCCAAACCAGCCAACAUUCACAGUAUCACAGCAUAACAGUUCAUCUCAUGAUGCCAAUCACGUUUCAUAUCACAACAUAUUGUGUACAAACAGGGCUUACUGUAGCAGUAAAUGCUGUGAAAUGCAAAAGAGGACAAUAGCAAAAUCAAGCCCUGUGUGGAAGUAUUUCUCUCUAAAAGAGGGAGACUGUAGCAAAGCAGUGUGCCUUAUGUGUAGGGCCGUCAUAUCUCGUGGUCGCAAAGAAUACACAACGUCUGCCCUUCUAAAGCACCUACGGAUGAAACAUGGAAAUGCACUAAUCUUUGGCAGUGCUAAGAAGAGACGAAUGAAAGAGAUUACGAGAAAGACUGUGUGAAAACCACUAAACCACUCUCAGCCAGUGUGGACAUCAUGGCCAACCUUUGAGUGUUUUCAAACGAAUUGAAAUAGCUACAUCAUACAGAGUGGGAUGAGAUAGGGCAGUCAGAAAUUCAUGCAUACAAUAACCAUCCAAGCUUUUUGAUUAUGGUUACAGAUGAAGAGUAGAAUCGUUCUGUUUGGAAAAAACCUCACAAUCCUUAAUUCGUAAGUAACCGGGGAACAAAUUUCAUCACCGUAUUGUCUUAAAAAAAAUAACAGGAUGUAAAAACUAGCUAGGGUAUGAAUAAUAUCUAAGAAAACUAAUAAAAAGAGAUUUAAUCAUUUUACAGACAUUUACAGAAUAUUUUACCACCCCACUGAAAUCUAAAAUGUUUGAGGUUUUUCACUUGAUUUGUCUUUUAUAAUCAUUUUCACAAUAAAUGAAUCCUGGUUUAA